GCGGAAAUUCAGCCUGCAGUCUGCAGGUUGCAGGUCAAUUGCGACACCCCAACGGCAUCCCUACCGAUAGUAUGUCCUCUCCCCUCCCCAAAGCAAACCAACACCCGUCACCACCAUCACCAUCACCAUCACCAUCAUCAUCAUCCCUGCUUGGGGGCGAAGCGCAUUCACCCGGUCAUGUAAGCGAUGAUCACCGCAUAGUUAACCUGCCUUCAACCCGCGCGAUCGAGCAGAUUCAACCUCAGUUAUUCAGGACUCUUCUUGCAACAGCUCAGAAAAAAAAUCACUUCGCCCCUUGAGAUAACCUCCGUCAUGGCGCGCCUCCAGGCUCCAGUCGUGGCGCGACACGCCGUUUCCAUGGUCACCGUCUCCACGGUCCUCCAGACGGGGGCGUUUCUCGCGGUUCUGCUGCGGUUCCUGGCCCGGCGACGGGCGCGGAACCUCGGCGUGGAUGACUGGCUGGCGCUGUUGGCGCUGGUCUUCGCCAGCGGCCUAUACGUCACGGGUAUUUUGAUUUGUACGAUCGGGUUCGCCGGGUUCCAUGCGAGUCUGCUAGAGGUUGACCAGCUGGAGCGAUUUUUAAUGCUUGUAUACAUCGACAACCUCUGCUAUGCUCUGACCCUACCGACGAUUAAGCUGUCCAUCCUGCUCAUGUACCGCCGCUUGUUCCCGACCAAGCCAUUCGGGUAUGCCACGGCCGCGGUGGGUGCCAUUGUGCUAGGCUGGAUGAUCUCAGUCGUGCUCGCCCAGAUCCUCACUUGCCUGCCCGUCGACGCGGCCUGGAUCCUCUCCAAGGCCGCCGACAGCCACUGCAUCGACCAGAUCAAGUUCUACUAUGGAAACUCCAUCUCGAAUGUCUUGACGGAUGUGCUCAUUCUGUGCCUGCCCCUGCCGCUGAUUUGGCGGCUGCAGAUGACGCGCGAGAAGAAAUUGGGCGUGACGGCCGUGUUGUUAAUGGGGGGAUUCAUUUGCAUCGCCAGCAUCAUCCGCCUAUCCUAUCUCGGCGCGAUUGACAACAACGACAUCACAUACACUCUCGUUGCGGUCGGAAACUGGACCUCGGUCGAAACCCCCCUGGCCAUCAUCUGCGCCUGCCUGCCUACCAUGCCGGCCCUUUUCCGGGUAAAGAACCAAUUCGCAAGCGGGUACUCUGGAGGUACUUCGAAGACGGAUGGUUCGGGGCAUCAUCGCGCGCUGCGCUUUCCCCACCACCAUCAUUCCGCCAAUCUGACGGAAUAUCGCGCGUUGGUUGGCGACGGAGCAUCUGCUGCCCUCCCCCUGGAUAGUGUGACCAAAGAUCGCAUUCGGAUCUCACACAGUUUUGCGGUUCAAAAUGGAAGGCCGGAGGAGUAAAGAGGAAUUGUUGAGAGAAAGGGGGGGAAGGAAGGGGAAGGAAACCUAAGUGGGUUAGUUUUGCCAGUGGAGAGCCUCACAAGGCAGACAGAGGUAUGGCUGGGCCCUUGCACUAUGGUCUUUCUAGCAUGUGCCAUGUAUGCAUACUAUAACAUGACAGCUGGCACGGUAUCCCCUUCAACAGACGUAGGUGUCAUUGUAUACAGCUCAAUCAGAGACCGUG